AUGGGCUCCGCGCGCCGGGCGCUGUCCGUGGUGCCGGCCGUGCUGCUGGUGCUCGCGCUGCCUGGGCUGCCGGUCCGGGCGCAGAACGACACGGAGCCCAUCGUGCUGGAGGGCAAGUGUCUGGUGGUGUGCGACUCGAACCCGGCCACGGACGCCAAGGGCUCUUCCUCGUCCCCUCUGGGGAUAUCGGUCCGCGCGGCCAACUCCAAGGUCGCCUUUUCGGCGGUGCGGAGCACCAACCACGAGCCGUCCGAGAUGAGCAACAAGACGCGCAUCAUUUACUUCGAUCAGAUCCUAGUUAAUGUGGGUAAUUUUUUCACACUGGAGUCUGUCUUUGUAGCACCAAGGAAAGGAAUCUACAGUUUCAGCUUUCACGUGAUUAAAGUCUACCAGAGUCAGACCAUUCAGGUUAACCUAAUGUUAAACGGAAAGCCGGUAAUAUCUGCCUUUGCUGGGGACAAGGACGUUACUCGUGAAGCUGCCACCAAUGGGGUCCUCCUGUACCUAGACAAAGAGGAUAAGGUCUACCUGAAACUGGAGAAAGGUAAUCUGGUUGGAGGCUGGCAGUAUUCCACGUUCUCUGGCUUUCUGGUGUUCCCCCUCUAGAAUGCGGCCUCUCCAUGGUGUUUGUCCUGGUGAGGGGCAGCCCACCCCUGAGUUACUGGAAGAUCAUUGCUUCAUCCUUGGAUUGACGUCCUUUUUUGGUUUCUCGUGGGUGAACAUGGAUUCUCUAUACGGAUUCUAGACCUGUCCGAACCAACACAAAGUUCCACAGAUUAUUUUUGUGUGUGUGUGCUUUUCAGUAUACUUGGAUCGGGACUCAAAGCAGAUAAAACCUAUCUAUGCUUCCAUGUAACAGUCAAAAGCUGCCUGCCGACUUUACUCUGAAUUUAAUUUCCUGGAAUUCAUGAAUUUGUUGCUGAUGUGGAAUUUUUGUUUAUUUAGUUAUUUUUAAAAGACUGGCAAGGAAGCAUUUGGAAACUUUCAAGUUUUGACUUCAACCGGUGAUUAGUGUGAUAACUGCCAAAGAACUGUAUGCUGUGUUGAUGUAUUGAUUACCCCUGUUUUUCUUCCUUUGAGGUUACUUUGUUCUGUUCUCCGGAGGGAACUGGCAGUUUCUUGGUGACUGGUGUUGUGUUUUCUCAAUGGCCUCCCUGACAUGGUUCCUUGAGAUCACCAACAUGGCUUCCCUUAAAAAAAAAAAAAAAAAAGCUUCUUAGUUGUAUUUUAAUUAUAAAUGUGAAAGAGUCAUAUUUUCCAAAUUGUAUUUUCUAAUAGGAAGAAUAGAUCAUAAAUCUGACAAGGAGAAAGUUGCUUACCCGAAUUCUAAGCGCUCAAUCCCCAAACCUCGGCAAAACGGCUCUCCUCUAUGGGAAAUCUUAUACUUUAUUGCUCAACUUUAAUUAACAUGAUUGAUAAUAACCACUUUAUUAAAAACCUAAGGGAUUUUUUUCCUUAGACAUGACCACUUUAUUAACUGGA